CGCUUUAUCGGGAGCCCAAGUGGAAAUUUCCCCGUCAGUUGCCGGCUCCGCCGCGGAGGGAGCACCAGCGAGGGCCGCCUACUUUCGUGUCCCCGCGUCGUGCCGCAUCCUGCCCGCUGUCAUGUCCAACUACAUCCACGUCCCGCCCGGCUCGCCGGAGGUGCCCAAGCUGGACAUCACGGUCAGCGAGCGGGAGGGGCCCGGCUACCGCCAGGGCGCCCUGCAGCUGCUGCGCCGGCUGCGCCCGCACUGGAGACCCGAGGAGGUGACGCUGCAGCUGUUCACUGAUGGCAUCACCAACAAGCUGAUCGGCUGCUACGUGGGGGACACGAGGGACGAUGUGGUGCUGGUGCGCAUCUACGGGAACAAGACGGAGCUGCUGGUGGACAGGGACGAGGAGGUGAAGAGCUUCCGAGUGCUGCAGGCCCACGGCUGUGCCCCACAGCUCUACUGCACCUUCAACAACGGCCUGUGCUACGAGUUCAUGCAGGGAGAGGCCCUGGAUCCCGAGCACGUCUGCAAUCCUGACAUCUUCAGACUCAUCGCUAGACAGCUUGCUAAAAUCCAUACUAUUCAUGCACACAAUGGAUGGAUCCCUAAAUCCAAUUUGUGGCUGAAAAUGGGGAAGUACUUCUCUCUCAUACCGACAGAAUUUGCAGAUGAGGAAGUGAAUAAAAGGUUCUUAAGGGACAUUCCGAGUCCUCAAGUUCUUCAGGAGGAGAUGGCCUGGAUGAAGGAGAGACUGUCUAAUUUAGGAUCACCAGUGGUGCUCUGCCACAACGACCUGUUGUGUAAGAAUAUUAUUUACAACAAGAAGAGAGGUGAUGUGCAGUUCAUAGACUAUGAGUACUCCGGCUACAACUACCUGGCUUAUGACAUUGGAAAUCACUUCAAUGAGUUUGCAGGAGUAAAUGAGGUAGACUACAGCCUUUAUCCCAACAGAAAAUUACAGGAGCAGUGGCUGAGAUCUUACCUUGAGGCAUACAAAGAAUACAAAGGAUUUGGCACAGAAGUCAGUGAAAAAGAGGUUGAAGUUCUGUAUGUCCAAGUCAAUCAGUUUGCACUGGCUUCACACUUCUUUUGGGGACUGUGGGCUCUAAUUCAAGCCAAAUAUUCCACCAUUGAUUUUGAUUUUCUAGGGUAUGCAAUUGUUCGGUUUAACCAGUAUUUCAAAAUGAAACUGGAGGUCAUGGCGUUAACUCUUCCCGAGUAACGAAGAGGAGGACUCUUACCAAGUGGAUAGACACCCCCUGAAUCUUUUCUCAGAACAGAUACUGGAAAAAAGCUAAACAUUUGUUGAAGUGCUGUGAUGCUCACUUGGUGGUUCUUGCUUUAUAAAUAAUGCCUCUAGACAGUCCUUCAAUGUUAAAUUUAUUAUGAAGAACAUACGUACUGCUGUUGAUAUAAAACGGAUUAGAAACUUGCUAAAUCUAUCAAAAGUUGUAGAAAUGGCAAUUUCAUCCUUCUUUGUAAUUUAACAUAUGUUGUAUGUGAAUUAUUUAUUAUACGUUUAACAUGAUUCCAUUGCUGCUUUCAUCGGUUUGUGUUAAAGUUGGGUGCAGACAGUGAAGUUGUUCCAAAGGAUUUGUUUAACAACUUAUUGAAGUUGCAUUCAGUUAUGCAGAAGACAUGUCAGAGACAAUUGUUCUUUUAGAGGCCUGUGAGCAAAAGGAGUGACAUAGACUUGUGAGAUCUCUAGUGUGGUGUAGCUGUGGAGAGGGGUUAGGAUGAUCUUUAUUUCCCCCCCUUUUUUUAAAGGUAGCUUUCCAUAGGAUGGUACUUUUCUUUUGCACAAGAAUCAAGCAGCUUGUUGAAAUGAUAGAUAAGAUUUUGAUUUUUUUUUUGGUCUGGAUUGGGCUGUAGAAAUGUUGAAGUUCUAUGGCCGCAAGGUUCUCUGAGGAUAUUGUACCCACCACUGGUGUUGGGCGGACAGCCUGCCCAACUUCUGGGAAAGCUGCUUGUUUAUUACAUGUACUCUUAGUGCAAAGCACCACUAUUGCAAAUCUCUCCUCCUCUUUGCAACUCGAUCCUGGGUUUGAACUCUGCUGUCUGUGUCUGUCUGCUGCAGUGGCAGAAGGGACUGUUGGACCCGAGAUAGGAGAGCAGAGCUCCCGGUGAACCUCAAGAGAGGUUCACAGCUCCUGUCCCGAUGGCGACCUUCUGCUUUGUCCCCUUCUCACCUUGGAUCUUAAGUCUUAACUGCCUGGCCCGUAGUUGUGCAAAUUCUGGUAUGUCUGGUGGUUCUUUUUUGUUUUCUGUCAGCAAAUUGCUUUUGAAAGCCUCCAGUGUGAAGGACAUGAUGGGAAAGUGUAUGACUUUGGCAGUGAGGCUUUGAUCAUCUCACACAUUUUAUUUCUUAAAGCUGUUAUACCAAGAAUGGUCUGGAUUACAAAAUGCUAACUGAAAAGAAAAUGUUUACCUAACAAUGCAUAAGUUUGUGUGGAAAAGAGGCUUUAACUGUGCAAGGGAGGGUGGGGCUGGGGGCAGGAGCUGGGAAGGAGCCCACAGCAGGAAGCUCAAGCCCAGCAAGCGGUUUGGGGCUAGGCAGACUCUGGUGAUACUCUGAAAAACUUUGCACUUUGGUCACAUAAGUGCCCACGUGUACAAAGUCUGGCGUGUGCACGAGCACAUGCAAACACAAACUUAGCUGGGGAGUCUGUUGUACAGAUUCCAGCAAAGAUAUUUAUUCAAAACUGCUUUAUGGCACGUGGCAGUGUGUGUACGUGUGUAUAGCAUGUGCACACCUACAUACACGUGUGCUUUACAGAAGCUUGGAGUGAGGCAGGACAAAGACAACUCAUGUGAAUGAAAAAUCUUCACCAAUAAAGACCAUUUCCAAUGGUAUCCUGUUGUUUUACAAAAGCACCGUUUAGGAUUUUUUUCCUCUUGUUUGUAUUAAUCUAUGAAUGUUUUCAUUUUAUUUUUAUUCAGUCAAAACCUUAAAAAUCUUUAUACAAAUGGGAGAGCUGGGAGUUUUUUUGUAACUUGAAAUGAGGUAACGGUUUUCAUUAGCUGGAGGCUACUAUACUGGACAAACUCUCUUUGAUUUGAAACAAAUAGCUUAAAUAGACAUUUAUCAUUUACUUUGUAGCAGUUAUCAAGGAUGUUGCUAGAGCUCAUGAAGGCACUGAAGUCCUUAAUCUACUGUACUUUCCCCCUAUGGACUUUACUGACAUUUGAUGAAUAAUACCCUGCUGUCUUGUAUUUCCUUUAAGUUCAGCAAGAUGUCCCUGGAACUAAGAUUGCUAAAGAUUUUUGAACUCUUUGUUACUAUUUUCUUCCAAGCAAUUGCUUUAUUUCUGACAGUGUUGCUUUGUAUUUAUGAAAUGUUUUGAAAGAAGGCUGUGAAGUUCAUUUGGUCUUGGGAAAUCCAACAGCUGACAGAUCCUAAGUUUCCCAAUGGCAGAACACAUUCCCUUUUCAGGUACCAGUACUACUUAGGUUUGGAGUUUCUGUAGUUUUUGUCAGUAGUAUUUUGUUUGUACAGCUCGAGUAGCAAUAACUGCAGGAGUGGAAGUUUGCUUCCGCAGAACCAAAGCUUUUCCUGAGUGCAGCUCAGUCUGUCCCUGUGGAGGGAGCCCUGUGAAAGCACCUUGAGGCAGGUAGCAAACAGUCCCAGCCCUUCCUGAGCCACUUGGGAGCACAGGGACUGUCCCAGCUUGCAGUGCUGGUCAAGGCUUUCAAUUUGCACGUGUGAAUUCACUUCUGCACUGCUCUGCAUCAGCUGUCCCUCCAGAGGAGUGCAGGUUACAUCCAUUUGUGACAGCUCUGAGGAAAUACUAUAAAGCAUCUCCCAAAAUGCAAUGCCAGUUGCCUUGAGCCUUGUUCCACAUCCUUUUGAGCCAGUGGCACUCGGAUAUCCUCCUUUCCUGGGGAAUAUCUGCACAUGCAUUCAGUUGGAAGCAGUAAUUUGCAUUGCAGAUGGUAAGGUAGCUUGAAACUGUGAAUACAGGACAUUCUGAAUGUAAGUUAGGUACUAGAAAACAUGUACUUGUUUCACUAAUUUAUCUGGGUCUCUGUAGUAGCAACAUGAAAUACUGGAAGGAGGACACAAAAUGACUGAGCUCUAGAAACAUCCUGUAGUAGUUUUGACUGUGACUUGCCAAGAAGAUACUCUGUUGCCUUCGUUAAGCUAAGGGCACGAAUGCCAAAAUUAAUAAUUCUUGCUGUAGUUAGAGCUAUAUUGUAAAUAUGAAGAGGAUCAUUAAUCUGGGCAUUCUUGCAGAAAUAGCAUCAAGUCAAUAGACUGUAGUGGCCUGGUUGCUUUUGUAAAGCAGAAUAGUGUGAUUUUUUUUCCUUCUCAUUUCUGCAGUCAGAUCUGGCUAAUCCAGACCUAAUUUCUUAGGUCACUCAAGCACUAAAGCUUUCUGAACGGUCACUGGUCUCCUGUCACAUAAUGUUAAAUCCCUAAAUCCCUUCAUUGCCACUUGUUGAUUUGCUUUUUAAAAGGAUGUGAAGUUUGCAUUGACCAGGUCUGACUGUAAUGUAUAUACAACAGUGUAAAUAACCAUUUGUAAAUUAGUGUGAAUUGUACUCUAUCUUGCAUUUUUGGACUUGUGUAUUGCAUUGUAUUCUCUCCUAUUUUGUAGAAAUCUUGUUGUAAAGAAGAAAUCUAACUCUGUGUGCGGACUUCUUUUGUUAAAUUGAUUUAUAAUGCAGCAUAAUACUUUCAUGUUAAGAUAUCCAUUUAUAGCCUUGGGCACCCAGUGUCUUUCCCCCUCCAUUAGCUUUUUUGAAAUCUUGCUCUUGGGAAUGAUUCUGGGAAUGAAGAGAUCUGUACAGUACUUAGAUGAAGAGAAAAUCUGUUCUAAUAAUAGUGCAAACCAUGUGUCAGAGGUGUCUGCAGUACCAGUGGGACAGGGAAAGCUGUUAAAAUCGUUUCUUUAAACCUCCAAACGUUUUUUAUACAUUACUGAAUGCUGUUGACUUGUAAACUAAGGGUUGGAUUGAAGCCCUCCUGAGGUGUGUGCUCCCAUGGGGAACUGAUUGAGGUAGCUGUGGUAGAGGCCCUCCAAUGCUUCUGGUGGAUAUAACCUUCUAAUAGCAUUAGUUACUAACUUGUGAAUGCUUGUACUGAAUGCCCAAAUCACUCAUAGAGUUCUGUGAAUUUAUUUACCUCAACAUUAGAACUGUUGGUACCCCUUCAGAGUGUUUAAAACUUAAAGCUGAGAUAUUUUCCCUGUGUGUGGUUCCUUUCUCCUUCCUUCUUGUGCCCACAAUCCUACUUCUUUUAGCAUAAACAUGAAUCUAAAAUCUUCUUUUCCAUAUUUGGCUUAUCAGUAGUUCCUUUUGGACUAAAAUUACAUUCUGCUUUGUCAGUGCAUGACUUCUGACCACAUCAGAAUUAUUUUUUGUGUAAAAGUCCCUUUCUGAAGAGGCCUUUAACCUUGGAAACACAGACAUAACAAAGGUUAGUUUUUCCCGACUGUGUUUCAUCACUGUUGCCUUUCACUGUCUGUUAUGAACUCCAUGGUGUCCUUCAAGCUCUUAGUUUCUUCUUCUCACUGGUGUGUUGAAUACCUCAGCUGGAGAACUCUGGUUUGCAAAUCUUGCUCUCCAUCUGACAAAUUGACCUUGGUGCAGUUUGUACAACCUCUCAGCCUUACCUGCGGUGACACUUGAGGUUGCAAAGGUCCUGGGAAGUGAGUUUAUCCAAGGAGUGCUGGUCAAGAGGAGGGAUGGGUUUGAUCAAUGUGAGUAAAAGGAAAUCACUCACUUGGAAUUUCAAGUUUGUGCUGUAGCAAGGUGUUGAAUAUGCUUGUUUACUCUCAUGGUUUAAGGACAAGAGCAAAUUACAAAGGGUGAAGCUUGUUUCAGAAUGAUGCUCAGAUUUUUUAAAGCCUUUGGUAUGUAACAGAAGAUCUCAAAUACUCUUUUGUUACUCAUACCAAAAGAAAUCUUGGAAUUGGGUAACUUUUUGCUGAAAUAAAGCUUUGUUCCAAACCGCAGUGACACUGUGAUCUCCUGUUUGGGGCAGUCCCUGCUCCAGCUAGCAGAGCAGGUUGAGCAUGUCCCAGUGUCUGCUUCAGGUGCUUGUGUGUUCCUUGCUUUCAUGGUUUUUGUUACUGUUGUGUGUUAAGAUUGCUGAGCUGCUGCACUUGGCAGCUCUGCUGUCAUCUUCCCCACCCAGCAGGCUGUAAUCACGGCAGUGGAGCAGAAAGGGUUUUUUCAGACCUGGAGGGAAUGCCAGGCUGAUGUGGAGCAGUCUUGCAGAUGAUUUCUCCUCCCCUUUUAUGACUGUGAGUGGCAAACACUGAUUGUUUUCGAUGGCUGCGAAAGGCAGGAGGAGCCAAGCCCUUGAGCCUGUGCAGGGUAGAUGUUCUGUUAACCAGGCACGGGGUCUUUGGGAAGGGGGCUCUCAGCAGUGGGAAAUCACAGCACUGCAGAUGGAAUGGGUUGGAUCAAACCAGGCUUUGUGCCUUAGAGACCCUCAGUGCGAAGGCAGAUGUGUGAAAUGUCUGCACAGGCUGGUUGUGAGGAGGUGCUCCAUCCAAGUGAAGUGCUGAGACACUGGAUAAGGCAUUGCUUGAUUUAAAGUGUUUUUCUUUUAAAGUGGCUUUUACAGUUGGUCUGAUCUGUAGAGAUUAUGUAAUUAGGAAACCAGUCAACCUGUGGAGAGAGGGAAGAGACUGUUCCAAAAAUCAUUUGUACAAAAGGAAGCACCUUUGUAGCUGAUUAGUUUGCAAUUCAUUGUGGUUUGGGCUUUUCUGUGUAUUUAAUAAUGUGGAUGGUGCUCUGCACGGGAUUCUGUCGUAAAGGGUUUUAUUACUGUUGGGAAAUGUCAGAAAACUGACUGGCAUGGCCCUGGAGACCACUGGGACCUUAGAUGGCCAGACUUGACCAGAUGACCAAGGUUUUGGUUCAAGGUUUCACACUGUGAUCUGCAGCCCUCUGAAGCUGUCAGGCUGCUAUCACAGUUCCCUCUGCUGUGAAUUUAGAUCAUGGACUUCCCCAAUGUCUUUGGUUUGGUGUUUGUAGAGAGGUGACAGAGGGAAACUUCAUGGGAAUUGAAAGGAAAACAAAUUACUUGAAAUCUAACAAGCAAACUUUGAUGCUAAAUGCUGAAAUAACUUCAGGUGCUGCACCAGCCUAUUUUUGUGGCAUUGCAAUUGUGUUUUUCCUCUAUUAAGUGGGUUUGGGUUUUUCCCCACAUAGAGGCCCAUACAAAAUGCAAGAUGAAAGAGACCCUGGAAGAGAAAUGUAAAAAUACCGUAUAAAAUGGAUCAAAUACAGCAUGAACUGGAGAAAAAGUAUCUGUUUCUAAAUUUUUGGUAGUGGUAAUUCCUAAGUGUUGUCAGAAAAUAAGUGUCCAGCCUUCAGUGUGUGAAAGAUUUUUUAUUUUGUAGCAAAUUUCCAUGUUCCAUUUUGUAUCACAGUGUGGUGGUUACUGCUGCUGUUUGUGCACAAUGCUUUGAUAGUGUGAGCGUGGAGGAUGUGCCCAGUCUUGAGGUGUGGCUCCAGGUUGGAGCCCUUGGUUCUGAGCCUCUCCCCUGAAACCCUCUGAACACUUGCAGACACAGGGCCACAGCACAGGAGGAAUAUUUUCCAUUUUGUGUCAUUUUCUUUGUUACUGCGGGUUUUUCAGUGUUCUUUUAAACACAAGUCCACUCGUGUCCUGUGAGUGAACUGAGCUCAAUUUGUAAAAGAGCCUUUGUCAUCCCCCAGAGAGUCCCCCUGCCUCGUGUGUGUUGUGGUGUUUAGGUGCAUCAUCUAUUCAUUGGAGUGAAUUGUAUUUCUUUUGAGCUAAAUGUGAUUGAAACUGUUCUAAGGCCUUCUACCACUGAUUAAAUGAAGUAAUGUACCUUUCAAAGAGAUUUAUAUUGUGUAAAUAAUUUCAAAGUGCAACAAUAAAGUUGGUUUCUAAUGGCA